GAGGGGGGGGUGGAGUAAGCCUGCGGCCGUUAGGCCCCUCCCCGCGCCAGGCGCCGUGCCCGGAGGCGGGGCGGGGGCGUCUCCCGCCCGGGGUCCGGCUCCGCCCCGCCCCGCCACCUCACUUUUUCUCCUGGGGCUGGGGCUCUUGACCCUCGUCUGGCCAAAGAUGGCGCUGAGGGCAGUGUCUGCGCUGACGCUACGGCUCGGGUCCCCGAGCUCGGGGCUCCUUCGCUCAGGAACCUUUCUUCUCUGUGCUACUCAACACAGACUGGAAAAAAUGCCAAGUUCCAUAGGCUUCCCAGCAACAUCAAGAAGACCAUUUAGUAACCACCGAAUUCUAGUGGAUAUGGAUCAAACUCUGGGGAUUGCUACAGUGAAGUUGAAGAAUCCCCCAGUGAACAGCUUAAGUCUGGAAUUACUAACAGAAUUUGCAAUAAGCUGGGAGAAACUGGAAAAUGAUAAAAGUUGCAAAGGUGUCAUCUUAACAUCCAGCAACCCCAGAGUCUUCUCUGCUGGCCUGGAUAUUACUGAAAUGUGUGGAAAGAAUGAAGCACACUACGCUGAGUAUUGGAGAGCAGUACAAGAGCUGUGGCUGAAGCUGUAUGAGUCCAACAUGGUGGUGGUAGCAGCGAUCAAUGGAUCCAGCCCUGCUGGAGGCUGCCUAAUGGCCUUAGCUUCUGACUACCGAGUCAUGGCCGACAAUCCCAAGUAUACCAUCGGUCUGAAUGAAACGCAGCUGGGCAUUGUGGCGCCCUUCUGGUUUAAAGAUACCCUUAUAAACACCAUUGGGAACAGAGCUGCAGAGAGUGCCCUUCAGCGGGGGUUGCUCUUCUCUCCUGCUGAUGCCCUCAAAAUAGGCUUUGUGGAUCAGAUAGUGCCAGAAGACAAGGUGCAGAGCACAGCUCUCAGUGUGGCGUCUGAGUGGCUGACAGUUCCAGCCCAUGCUCGGCAGCUUACCAAAACCAUGAUGAGAAAACCUACUGCCCUUCGGCUGUUGAAACAACGAGAAGCAGAUAUUCAGAACUUUGUGAGCUUUAUAUCCAAAGACUCCAUCCAGAAGUCUCUGCAUAUGUAUUUAAAGAUGCUUAAACAACGGAAAGAGUAAAGGUUCAGGCUCCUGACACAGGACGUGUAGCUGGGGACACUGAAGCAAAGCCAUGUGCAAACCCUAUAGGCCUUUCUUUGGGUAGCUGUAGGUUUUUAGAUCAAAAUAUCUUUCAAGAUAAAAUUAAAUUUAAUUAUUUGUUCUUAGUUUGUUGAUCUUUCAGAAGAUCUGUCCCCUUUAUCCUGAUAUCCCAAAGGUAUCCUUCCUCUCUUCCCAUCAGUGCUUUUUGUCCUCUCACCCUCACCCCACCCCACCCCACAUACACCUAGAAGGUGCUUGGGUAGGUUCUGAAGAAACUUGGCUGAUGAUGUGGAAAGGAAGUCUUGUGUUCCUGAGCAGCACUUUACCUGGGAAUCAUGAGUAGUGGGCUUACUGGAAAUAAAACUCCCUUGCUAAGGGCCCUCCUUUGCUCAAAGUCGAGAAUUGUGAAUAAAAGUCCUAAGAUUUUUUUUUGCUCCCCAGCCUCAGGGCUGCCUGGUUGCUAGUGGUGAGAGAAGCAGUUCCCCAGGUAACCAGUGAGCUGCAAGGAGCACUUCCCUAUUCCCCCUGUAUAUACUCAGGGUGGAAGCAUGUUUUCUUUACCAAUAAGACUUUUCAAAUAAAGAACUUUUCAGGAUU